GUGUGUUCCGGUUAACCAGUUAAUUUACAGUACAUUUAACUGGUACUACAGCAUCACGAUGGAUGGAGUCCUUGGGCUCACACACACACACAAGACCGAUAACACACACACCCCGGGCCCCAGGACUCUCCGCCUACUGGACUCCCUCCCCCUCUCCGUCCCUCGUUACAGUACAGUAUCCGGGGUGGCAAGGGGUGGCAGCUGCCACCCCCCAAAAAAUGCUUGCCACCCAGGUUGUUAGAAGUGUCUCCAAUAUACAUUUAUUUAAUGGUAUUUAUUUUUUGCUACUGAAGCUGUUGAUCUCAUUGGUAACUUGUUUAAGUUUAAGAACUAAAAUCUUUAUGUCCCCCCUCCCCUGUAAAAUGGUUGAGUCCAUGAAUCCUAUUUGCUCUCUUCUCACCGUGCGCAUCUGCCGCUUCAUUCAAAUGAAGACAGAAACGGUUUGAAAGCCAAAGAACUGGAGACAAGCCAACUGUACGCUUGCAGUGAUGAAAAACGGUACAGUACAGCUAUAACUUGAAUCAAGAAAAUGUGAUGGGUGGUCGCAUGUGUCUUAAUCUGUAUGCCUGUUGUGUUCGUGUGUGGACGAGUGCGUGCUCGCCAUUGACACUGAUUGCGAUUGACGGUGGGGUUUCGAGAUCGGACAGAUCCAAACGCACACACACACACGCUUUCACAGUGCAAAGGCAGGAGGUGUUGCCCCACUCUCAGGUAACAGACAACACAAUUACUUUUCAAACGAUCGACACCACAUCAAGUCCAGCCGGCGCACAAUGGGACCGCCCAAACACGCAACUCCACAGGCAGAGAAUCCACAAGCCCUUUCCUCGUAGCUCUGAGUCGUAUGAAUAUUAACAAUGACAACCCAUCACAACGAGGUGAUGUAAAUCAAUCAAAUAUUAAAUUGAUUUAAUAUUAAUCAAAGGGAGAGAAAAUAAGUAUUAAAUUGGCUUUUCAGUGGCUGUUUCCCGAUGUGCUCGGAUGAUGGGCGGAUCAUCCGAGGGGAACCACACUGAAUCAUUAAGUCUUUUGUGUAGAGAUGGACGGGUAUAGAUAGACGCAAGACUGACAGACAGACACACAGACAGACACACAAAACUUAAAAUAUAGACAAACAGAAAGAUAGACACAAUAUGUUAACUGUUUUCAUUAGCGAUUGGUAUAAAUAAGUACAUAUAGACACCAGGCAUGUGUGUUUCCAACAAUAAAAAGACUUGACUUGACUUUGUGUAUGUGAUUUGCCACCCUUGAAUUUAACUUGCCACCCUUCUGCCACCCCAUGUAAAAUUUUCUAGAAUCGCCACUGUGCCGUGAGUGAUGCGAUGCGCCCGUUGGCUGCGUCCUCCUCCCGGGGUCUGAGCUGUGACACCUCCCCUCCCCGAUACCCUUCCGCCCUCCCACAUGUGUUUGUGAUGUUCUUGAUAUGUUGUUUAUGUGCUGAGGUGUGUUUUUUCUAAUCCCUACACUGUGCCCCCCUUAGAGGAGCAUAGUUUAGGUAUUCACUUUUUUUUCCCUCAUUACCCUCUUGUUUAGCUUUUUAGUCUCUCCAUCCUGUCUCCCCACACUGUCUUUUAUGUUUCUUGGACGGAAUGUAACUGGUAAGUUACUCUGUAACAUGUGCAAUGACAACAAAUAAAAUCCUAUCCUAUCCUAUCACAUGGUGGCGGUUGUAACGCAUUUUGAGGAACACAUUGAAUAUUUUAUAAGUAAUUUAAUAAAUGUAUGUUAAGUGCCAUAGAUAAUAAGUAGCUUUAACAUUAUCCGGAAGAAAGGAUUCCAUAGGCUGGCCCCCAAAAAGUCAUCCCUGCUGAGCCCCGAAUCUCCUCAAACUCGUGGUUUAUAAAAAAAAAACGGACGAAUAACUCCGAGGUCGCAUGCGUCUUUGUAAUCCCGAUAAACGAAUAAUGGUAGACUGCCAAGUCUGCCCACUGGAACACCUGCCAAAGCUAACAAACCUCGAUGACGCCAACACACAUCCUGGAACAAUAAGGGAACAGCACGCGGCCUGUUGGCGUUUCGACAAGCAGCUGGGACUGACGGAACCAAAGGUAUCCCACGAAGCCGUCCCUUUCUGCUGAUUGUUUACUAGUGGUGGCCUUUUUAAUGGCGGCCUGUAUUCCAGAAGGUAAGGGGCCUCCUCGGCUGUGACUUUAAACUCAUCCAGAGCAGUUUAAACGAUGAUAAACCUUAAUACCAGCAUCUUUAAUCGUUAAAUCUUAAUUCUAGUAUCUAAAAACGGCGUUUUAAAUCAUUUGUUUGUAUGUUCAUGUACGUUCACACUAUUUAAACUGUCAUGUGAAUUAUAAUAUUGCUCAAGGUCCGGGCUUCUUCAGGGACAGACGUGCAUUUAUAGCCUCUCACCUCAGCACACCUGGCGCAUCCGUGUAGAAUACGGACCUGUUUGAACGAUCUGCAAGUGGGAUAACGAUGGACAGGAGUGACAAGAGGAGCGCUACAUUGGGGAAGACGAAUGGUGAAGCGUCCACCUCCAACAGCAUAAACAACAGACACGUCCGCGAUCUGUUCCAUGAAGAGGCACAGGGGUGUCCAAGGCCCAGCCAACCGUGGUGGAAGGUCCAGGUGUUCGUCUGGGAGCCCGUGCUGUUUGGCACCUGGGACGGCGUCUUCACCACCUGUAUGAUCAACAUCUUCGGCGUAGUGCUCUUCCUACGCACCGGCUACCUGGUUGGCAACACAGGAGUGGUGCUCGGCAUUGUCCUCGUCUCCUCGGUGGUGCUGGUUGCCCUGGUGACCGUGAUGUCGGGCAUCGGCGUAUCCGAGCGCUGUGGCGUGGGAAGCGGCGGCGUCUAUUCCAUGAUCUCCACCGUCCUGGGGGGCCGGGUGGGCGGCACGGUGGGCCUGCUCUACGUGUUCGGACAGUGUGUGGCCGGAGCCAUGUACAUCACGGGCUUCUCUGAGUCUGUGGCCGAGCUGCUGGGCCUCCAGAGCCAGUGGGCGGUGAGGGGCAUGUCGGUGGCCGUGCUGCUGGGCCUGCUGGGCAUCAACCUGGCCGGGGUCAAGUGGAUCGUCCGCCUGCAGCUGCUGCUGCUGGCCGUUCUGGCCGUGUCCACGCUGGACUUUGUCGUCGGCACCUUCACACACUUGGACCCAGGUAGGGGGUUUAUCGGAUACACGCCAGAGCUGCUCAGUAAUAACACUAUGACCGAUUAUAGCCCAGGGGAGAACUUCUUCACCGUGUUUGGGGUCUUCUUUCCCGCCGCCACAGGCGUAAUGGCAGGGUUCAACAUGAGCUCAGACCUCCAGCGGCCAGAGCACAACAUCCCUGUGGGAACGCUGGCAGCUGUCUUCACUUCUUGGUUCCUGUACCUGGUGUUUGUCUUCCUAUUGGGGGCCAUCUGCACCAGAGAGGUGCUGCGUGAUGACUUCUUAAUCGCAGAGAAGGUCUCUUUGGUGGGUUUCCUCUUUCUGCUGGGCCUCUACGUCUCCUCCCUGGCUUCCUGCAUGGGCAGCCUGUAUGGCGCACCCAGGAUCCUCCAGUGCAUCGCCCAGGAGAGGGUCAUCCCGGCCCUGGCCUUCCUGGGACACAGGAGAGGGCCCGACCGGACCCCCGUGGCGGCCAUAUGCCUCACCACCGUGUUGACCAUGGCCUUCAUCUUCAUCGGCCAGGUCAACGUGCUGGCUCCCAUCGUCACCAUCAACUUCCUGCUCACCUACAGCUUCGUCGACUACGCCUACUUCAGCGUGGCCAUGGCCUGCCGCCGGCUGCCACCGAGGGCCAAGGCGGACACCCUGCCGCCGGCCAAGCGGCUCCACCUCAAGCCUCUCCUGGAGGUCCACCACCAGAACUACGGCUCCGGAAACCGGAGUCCCGCCGCCGGGAAAGGAACCCUGCUGGAAUUCACCCAGGACAUGGAUCGGAUCUUCUCCCUCGACGCCAAUGAGAACCUCAAGGUGGAGAGCGACGAGGGGACGGCACCAGCGCCCAGCAGCAGCAGCAGCAGCAGCAGCGCGGAGAAGAGCAGGACAGCCAGAGACGGUGCCAAACAGACCCUGUUGGAGAGCUUCAGCUUGGACCAAAGCUCUAACCUCUCCCGCAUCGAGGAGCCCCCCCGUGGGGCUUCGGAGGCAGAGAACGGGUGUGGAGAGGACGCGAUCGCUGGGCCUGUACCUCUACCAAGGGCUCCACAGGUGGAAGCAGCUCAGAAACCAUCCCUUGGUCAGCAGGACCUGAUGGCUUGCCCUCAGAAUCCAAACACAGGAGCCGUGUUUAAGCUGGAUCCCCAGGGUUCGGACAUCAGAGCCACGCCUGAUUCGUCGUAUGGAAUCUUCUGCAACCCCUGGGUUGCUCUGAUUGGUGCGGUGUGCUCCAUCCUCAUAAUGUUUGUUAUCCAGUUCUAUGCCCUGGCAAAUAUAAUGGUGGCUUUGAUGCUCUUCCUUUACAUUGGGAAAACAAGUCCUGGACUACCGGGAGGAACUGCAGCUCAAUUCAGCAUUUUAUCAUGCCUAAAGUUGUCGCUUGCACCAUUGGAUAGGAGAAAGGCAUCUCUCAGAGACCAGAUGGUAAUGACCCCAUCACUGAGUUUGGUCGGCAUGGAAACAAGGCAGUUGACAGAAGAAAAUGCAGACUUUGCCUCACGCCAUCGCCAUCACCAGUCGUCUUACAUCGAGGAUAUGCGGCUAGUGCAACUUCACUGAAUGACUUGUAUAUACUUACUGUUACAUGUAAUGAUGGAUCUACCUGCAAACUUGCAUAUCUUACUGUUUUCUCAGUAACCAAAUUAUGGGAAGUUCACUGAAUAUUUAAAGGAUAUUAUUUAAAUAAAAUAAUGCAAUUGUCUU